CUCCAUCUUUCUCUCUCUACCGUUGAAUUCAAACAUACCCAUAGACCACCUUUCAAACCAACCCAUCUCUAUCUCUUCUUCAUUUAAAAAAAAAAUAAAUUUAUCUCCAUUCCAAAAAGCACAUUUUAAGUAAGAAAAGAUAGCGAUACAGAACAGAGCAUACAUUAGACACACAGAGAGAGAGAGAGAGAGAGAGAGAGAGAAUGUCAUCAUCAACAACAACAACGACAAGGAGGCACAAAUGGCAGCCAACUCCGCCACCGCCGCCGAGCCCGAAGAUCCUGAACUUACCACGGCGGAUUCGCCGGAAACAACCCAGAAAGGCCGCCGCAAAACCACAAGUCUCCGGCGAGUUCCGGGGGAACUACAGGGGAAGGCUGGAUGCUCUGUUCGAUCAAGAACGGACUUUCUCGAGAACUGUUCCGAUUGUGCUGUUGAACUCCAGUAGUGGUGGUGAUGAUGAUGAUGAGAGGAGAGAGAGGGUUGAAGAGCGUGGAAAUGGUGGUGGGUCGGUGGAGGAGAAGUGGAGGUUCCAGGCGGAGAUUUUGAGGGCUGAGUGUAAUUUUCUGAGGAUGGAAAGAGAGUUUGCUCUGAAGAAGUUGGAGAGGAAUCGACUUCAUAUGGAGAGAACUCUGCGUUCAGCUGUUCAGACUCUGGUUUCUGGAAGGAAGAAAAUUUACCAAGGAAAGAACGCAAAGGCGGUAUUGGAGGAAGAGAUCGAGGAUUUAGAGGAUAAGUUAGGGGAGUUACAGAAGAGCUCUAGAACCAAAGAUUUUAGGGUUCAACACUCUAAUAAUUUUGAUGAGAAAGCCUCUCUUUUGCAGCGUCGGCUAGAAAAUCUUGGACAGUUAUGGGAUGAGAAAUGUGUGAAAGAGAUGCGAGAGAUGGCUGAAGCAAGCUUUUCGAUCAAUGUCAAACAUCAAAUCACCGAUCAGAGCUUCACAGCUGCUCGCAAAAGCAACAAUAAGUUCACUGAUGUGCAGGUGCAGGAUCUGAGAAGGAAAAUGGAGGGACUGUCAAAAGUGAUGUUAGAUAGAAUGGAGGAAUAUGGGUCAAUGCUUUCGACUACAGCCAACAGUUCUGCUUCCACCUCCAAGCGGAUUGAAUUUCCCGAUUCUUCUUCUUUCUCUACAAGACAUCCCUAUCAGGACCUAUCUUUGCAUGAUGAGAACAAAUGCUCAGGACGUUGCAAGGCUAUAGUGCAGAGGAUUGUAGAGCAAGUGCGAGCAGAGACAGAGCAGUGGUCACAGAUGCAAGGGAUGCUGGGGCAGGUGAGGGAGGAGAUGGAAGAAUUACAGGCAUCUCGGGAUUUUUGGGAAGAUCGUGCUCUUGAUUCUGAUUAUGAAAUCCAAUCCCUACAUUCCGAAGUGCAAGAAUGGAGACAGAAAGCUCUCACAUUAGAAGCCAAGGCCAAUGAACUGCAAACAGAAACAUCUGUACUUAGAGGGGAGCUCGAGAAGUUAAGGGUUGAGAAAAGCAAGGAAGUCACAAAGACCAAAGAUUUGGCACCAAUUUCAUUGGGUGCUCAGAUUGCAAAGGAGAAGUGUGUGCUAAUUUGUCGCUUGAAGGAAAAUCAUCGUGUUAAUGACAAAGGGAGUAAGCAGCAGGAGAUCUUUAGUGAUGGAAGAAGAAAAGCACAAACAUGCAGCAAUGGACUUUUGGUGCCAAAACGCUCACCAUUUCAAGAUAUAGGGAACUCAUCACCACAGCUGAGGCAGAAUAGCAAAGCUAUAUUCCCCUUGCAUUCCCCUGAUCCUUCCGAUACGUAGAAAAGCUUUUUAAACGUCAGAGCACAUUUGCACGGAAGAGAGAGAGAGAGAGAGAGAGAGAGUCUCAAUGCCCUUAUUGCAGUAACUGUACGGCUUUUAGGUUAGAAUUGGCUUUACAAUGGCACUGUAAGAUUGUGCAGAGUUUACAACUCAGGAAAUGAGAUAUCUAUGACAAUGGUUUCCACUGUCAGAAAUUUUGUUUCUUAUAUAUAUAACAAUCUUCCCUAGCAAAUGUAACAGCAACGAUUAUGAUCGACAAUUUAU